AUGCGGCGGAGCCUUCGCCCCGCAGCCGGGCCCUCGCUGGCGCUCCUCGCGCUGCUGUACGGACCCCUGCCCGGAGCUCUGCCCUCCAAAGUCCCCGCACACGGUGAGCCCGGCGUCCCCCCUGGUUCCCGUGGGUGCGGCAGCGGGCGCUUGGGCAGGGCAGAUUCCCUCACGCGUUGAGGGCCUUGGGCGGAAGUGCGCCUGCGCGCGGAGCCCCCCUCCGAACUACGACUCCCGGCAGCCUCCAGUGCGACGGACGCGGAGUGCGUAAGGGGCAUGCCAAGGAGAGUCGCGCACGUGGAGGGAUGCCUCCUGGCGUCGUGGAAUCCUCAGCUGUUUCUUCCCGGACAGCUCUUCCUUCUACUCUCCCGAUUACUGGGAUCUCUUCCCAAGUUAAGCGGCCCUCGGUUUGCCGCUCUGCCUGGCUGCUGUUUUUCCUGGAGGUCGAAGCACGUGGAUCUAAUGUUAGGAAAAGAAGGCCGCGAAAACUCUACCCUUUUUCCUUCCUUCUGCUCCUGUCAAACGGCGCUUGAUGCUGUACGUGGUGGAGUUUAAGUCAAAGGGGGAAAACGCCCAAACCUGUUUGGAAGCGCACACGACGCGAAAGUGGAUUUAAUUCGAGUAAUUCCCCCAUUUAGUAAUUUUCUGAAUUUUUGUUGUUGUUUAGUCGUUUAGUCGAGUCCAACUCUUCAUGACCCCCUGGACCAGAGCAUGCCAGGCACCCCUGUCUUCCACUGCCUCCCGCAGUUUGGUCAAACUUAUGCUGGUAGCUUCGAGAACACUAUCCAACCAUCUCGUCCUCUGUCGUCCCCUUCUCCUUGUGCCCUCCAUCUUUCCUUGUGCCCUCCAUCUUUUCCAGAGCAUCUUCUCUUCUCAUGGGGUGGCCAAAGUAUUGGCACCUCAGCUUCAGGAUCUGUCCUUCCAGUGAGCACUCAGGGCUGAUUUCCUUAAGAAUGGAUAGGUUUGAUCUUGCAGUCCAUGGGACUCUCAAGAGUCUCCUCCAGCACCAUAAUUCAGAAGCAUCAAUUCUUUGGCGAUCAGCCUUCUUUAUGGUCCAGCUCUCACUUCCAUACAUCACUACUGGGAAAACCAUAGCUUUUACUAUACGGAUCUUUGUCGGCAAGGUGAUGUCUCUAUUUUCUGAAUUACCAUGUAACAAUGCCACAGGCGCACGGUCGGUGUCAAUCUCUGCCCCUAAAGUUCAUAUGAUUGCAACAUUCCUUUUCUAAGCUCUGGAAGAAAGGAGGUUUUGUUAGGUUGUCAGUGCUGCUUUGGGGCGGAAACGGUGUAAGAUGUCACUUUCAGCAAUUUAAGAAUACACGUGAAGUGUACCAGUUCAAGCAAUAUUGGCUUGAAAUUUAAUCAGCUUUGUAAGCAUAUCUGACCUGUUCAGUAAGGCUGCUGUGCCCUUUUAGAAGCAAGCCACAUAGGCCAUUAAAUCGAUUUCCAUAAUUCAUAAUAAUGGAAAAGUUUUAAGAAGAAUUGCCUUUCCAAAAGCCUUUUAUGUUCAGUUGUUGUUGUUUUAAUGUAAUGCUGUGUAAUCAUGUGAAGAAGAAGAAAAACAAGUUCUAGUUUUAAUCUUGUAAACUAGAUCUUGAGCAUAGAUGAGAUUGCGAUAUUUCCAGGUGGGAAUUCUGAUUCAAGUUUUUGCAGGGUGCUGUCGCACAGACAAAUUGAAAUGAGAUCUGCCCCUUCACCUCUGUUUAGACUUUGUUUCUCCUUUGUCAUUUUGUUGCAGCAAUAGAGAAACAGGCCUGGAUCUGCUCUGGGACUUUUCAUACUGUAUUUUUAUUUUUAUUUAAUUCUUUUUGCAGGAUUGUGAAACGCUUUAUCAGAUUUUAGUUUAGUCUGAGUUUUUUAUCUAGACCAGUGGUUCCCAAUCAGGGGUCUGGGGACCUCUGGGGGUCUGUGAAAUGCCCCCAUGGGGUCCACAGCCCAUCCCCACUAAUUUUUUACAUGGUAAUAUCACAGUUUUUAUAGUCUGUGUUUUUUUUGUAUACCUUUGCUUAUUUUUUAAUAUACCUUUGCUUGUUAGGGGCUACCCUAAAAAAUUGCUUUGCAGAGGUAAUUAUCAUAGAGUUAUCAAAAUUUUCAAAAGCAGGGGGUCUGUGGCUUGGCUUUUGAAAAAUAGGAGAUUCUCAGUAAUUAGCUAAUCGGGAACCACUGAUUUAGACUUUAUCCCACAUUACAGUAAUAAUUUACAUCAAGUGUUUUGUUUUGUAAUGAAAAGUACUCAACUUGUUGAGUUGUACUGUUAUCUUUUCCCUUUCCUGUGUCUUUUUUAUGUGUGUGUGUGUGUCUUUUAUGUACUGUUAUAAGAAUUCUAAGGUUCAUAAAUAAAAUGUGUGUUCGUAAGUGCACAAGGUAAACACUCAUACAUAAGUACCUAAGCUACAUGUCUGAAAUAGUACAGGAGAGCAAUCCUGAAGCCAUCUUGACUCUUAAUGACCCCAGCUAUUUCCUCUGCAGAAGAAAAUACAGUUGUACCUCGGGUUACAUACGCUUCAGGUUACAGACUCCGCUAACCCAGAAAUAGUGCUUCAGGAUAGUGCUUCAGAACUUUGCUUCAGGAUGAGAACAGAAAUCGUGCUCCAGCAGCAUGGCAGCAGCAGGAGGCCCCAUUAGCUAAAGUGGUGCUUCAGGUUAAGAACAAUUUCAGGUUAAGUACGGACCUCUGGAACGAAUUAAGUACUUAACCCGAGGUACCACUGUAUCAUGGAAAAACCUCUCCCAAUAGUUCUUUUAACUUACAGGUCCUUCAAAUCCAAUCAAAAGAGCACAUUUUGUGUAUGAAUAUGGGAGGUCUGUGGCCAUGAUUUCAGAAACUAGGUUAUUUACCAUUUCAAGAGGAUGGCUCAAACUAGCCAGAAUAAGGCAGUCAGCACACAUUAGGUAUCUUGACAAACAGGAGACAAGCCACACCCUCAAAUUUCUGUUGUAGACUGCCUCUUUCCAUGAUGCUUGUGUGAUGCUUUUGGGUGGUCUUUGAAUAAGGGGCUGGGCAAUUUCUAAGUCUUCAAAAGCUAUUAUACACUGGUGUGGGCCCUUCUCACCUCCUUGCAAGGGAGGGAGGACUCUGGUGCAACAGGAAAAUAAAGAUCUGCUUUGCUUUGACUGGUUCCUGCCUCCAUCCAUUCUUCUGUGACCGAUAACUGUCUUAAGGGACACUGAAUCCCUUGAUGGAGAGUUGGGCUGCAAAAGCCAACCCCAAUUUUUUCUAUAACAAUAGCUUCCAUAAUAUCUCUUAAAAAUUGUAAUGUUUUGUACUCGUUUGUUUCUGUUCAUAAAUGUGUGCCUUUUGUAGUAAAAAGAAGAGGAAGAAACAUUUGUGCAAAUGGAGCCUUUCCCUUAACUUGAAUUGCCUUCUGGGUGAAAUUUUCAGGGAACAGUGGCAGCUGAGGUGGGAAAACUUAACAAUCCUCUCUUUCCCAUGUGCUGCCACCCCCACCCCAUUUAGAGAAAAAGGUCCCAUACACAACAACUGGAACCUUUUCCUGAAGCUAAAUUGCUGUGAGGAGCAGUUGGGAGGGAAAGGUUAAUCACCUCUGCCCCCCACCCAAAGAAAAAACAUUGCCAGGAGUCUGAGCAGCAAUUCAGCUUAGGAAAUAAAACUCCUUUGUAAGGAAGAGCAGGAUAUAAUUUUAAUAAAAUUGUAUACACACACACAUUCCAUUUGUGUGACUCUGACUUUUUCUCUUAAGCUUGAAUGCAUCUGGGGAGGGAAGAGGAAGGAGAGAAGGGGAUGCAUUUAAAUUACUGGGUGGAUGAAUGUGAAUGAAAUUUGUAUGCUACUCUGGUCCCAGUCACAUUGACCUCUUAUGUUUUGGCUUCUGUUAUAUGUUUGGCCACCAUCCUGGAGGCAUGCACUCCGUUAACCUCAAUCAAACAAGUUGGUGUGUUCUUUUAGGCCGGCAUCUGACAAUAAGAUUAUUUAAUGAUUCACAGAAGCCUUCAUGCUUGCAUAAUCUCCAACGGAAAGCAAUCUGAUAACAGAACUGUGUCAGAUUGCACGGUUGAAACAAUGGCUAUAUUGUAUUGUUGCUGAAUGCCUGCUGUGUUUUACACUGAAAUACCAGUACAACUUUUUUAUUUUUAGAAUGCGGAAGAAGGCCUCUUGUGGAUGAGACAGCAGAAGGAUCUCGGAUUAUAGGUGGACAUGAUGCUCAGCUUGGGGCUUGGCCAUGGCAAGUUAGUCUACAAGCUCAACCUGCUCCUGGAGAAUCUUUUUACCAUAUAUGUGGUGGAUCUUUAAUUAAUAGCAACUCAGUGCUGACAGCAGCACACUGCAUUAAAGUAAAUAUGUAUGUAUUUUUUUUGUUCUGAAUCUUUUUCUGUCAGUUUUGUGCUUGAGGGACAUGUAUUGGUCUCUACCCACAAGGGGGGAUCUGGAAAAAAAAAGUUUUAGUACUGUAUAUUGCCAACCCUUAACAGGGGUGUUUUGGUUCAUGUGUCUUCAGCUAGCCUAAUUGAACCAUACCAGAGCAGGAGCCCUAUAACGUUGGCCAUGGCUCAGGGGAAAGAGGAGGGAGAAAAGGAAGAGGGGAAGAUUUCAGUUUUUCCUACCAUUCUGAAACCUUUCCCCAUUAUGCCAUAUAAUACAGUGGUGCCCCGCAAGACGAAUGCCUCGUAAGACGAAAAACUCGCUAGACGAAAGGGUUUUGCGUUUUUUGAGUUGUUCUGCAAGACGAAUUUCCCUAUGGGCUUGCUUCGCAAGAUGAAACGUCUUGCGAGUUCUUGCGAGUUUGUUUCCUUUUUCUUAAAGCCGCUAAGCCGUUAAUAGCCGCUAAGCCGUUAAUAGCCGCUAAUAGCCGUGCUUCGCAAGACAAAAAAACCGCAAGACGAAGAAACUCGCAGAACGGAUUAAUUUCGUCUUGCGAGGCACCACUGUACUGUGGUUUUCAAGUUCAGGGCUGGUUGCCAGACAUAAAUCUGAACACUUAAUUUAAUCCAAUCCGUGCAAUACUUCUGUAGGACAGUCUUUACUGAUGACAAUUUCCAUGUGGUUGCUAUAGAAUACAUAGCUUGUCAAAAAAAAAAGUUGGGUAGAUAGAACCUGCAGGCUGGCAUAUGUCCAUGGAAACCUUCUUUCCAAAAUAGCCACCAGCCAUCCUCCUGAAGCACUUAUUUCAUGAACCAUAACAUCUACAUAACAGUUAUGUACUUAAGUUUUGGUUGUUUCCUUAAUAGCUCAUAUAGUAUUGUAUAAUAAUGCAGUCUUAUUAAAGUAAUAUAAUUAUGCUAAUAAUACUCAAAAUAGGUACAAAAGAAGUGGAGAUGUGUAUCUCAAACUCUGAGUCCCCAAAAAUGAUAUAUCCACACUCCAGGAGAAUCAUCUGCAAGAUGGACUGGAAUGUCACUUUACUAUAGUUAUUUUUACACAUUUACCUGUUUUUAAUUAUAUGAUUAUGUUGUUACCCACUCUGGGACUUUAUGGUGAAGGGUAAGAAAACUGGGUGGGGAGGGCAGCACAGGAAAGGAGUGUUUGUUUGUUUGUUUGUUUGUUUGUUUGUUUGUAGCUCAUGGUGCCUAUCUCCCAACUCUAACGAUCACUUACAGUAUACUUUUAAAUGUUAGGGGCUUAAUCAGGCCAUCUUGCCCUCUGAAUUGACAUCUUCACCAUUCGACAGCUGAAUUAGCCUCAACGAUAGAUCAGAUUUCUAAACUCACACUAUCUGCCCAACAUCCAUUUAUUGAAGGUUCUUUUCUCUCUCUCGUGAGGUGGGAGUGUAAGUUGCCCAGCAGGCUAUUUUUAUGUACUUGUUUUGUUUUUUUAAUAUCCCUGUUUCACUCCCGAACUUAACCACUGAGUUCACUAUUAGACAGAACAAGCAAGAAACAAAAAGCUGCAGUGUAUCCUCAGUCCCUAAAAGGCCUCCUCCUGUUCAAGGUUCUAUCCAGCUUGGAAUAAAAACCUUAUAGCCCUUUUCAGGUCUGGCUGGUAGAAGGGGGGAGUUUUCAGGAGGGAGGGGCCCCCUCAUCUCCCAACCUAUCUGCUGCGUUAAAAGGGUCAAGUGUAGGGAAAAACCUGUCUGAGAGAGCCACUAUGAAUCACAAUAAGCACAAUACUGAUCUAGGUGGACAAAUAGAUUGAUGGUGUAUGGCAGCUUAAUUUCUUUCUAUAGCACUCUGAUCCCAUAAUUAUAAUGACAUACCUACACAUUUCCCUCAUUGGUAUUUGCAUGCACAGGGAAGGCAGAAAUCAUUUAGCGUUACUUGAAGCUUGUCCCAAACCCAUUUGGUCUUGAACAUGCCAAUUCCUUCUUUUCCCCACCUCAGGUUUUCUUUUUUCUUUUCCUUCUCAGCUAAGAUGUUAAGAUUCUGUUAGGCCCCAAAAUUCAGAUUCAUGUCAGGCUUUUGCUUCUUUGUCUUUGUAAAUAUAUAUUUUUUAUUUAAUUUAAAUACUGCAGAUCUAGGAAGUCCCCGAAUAUGCAGAAAUAAUCCGCUUAUUUUUGAGUGGCACCAAUUCCAUUCCACACAGAUGGGCCCUCAAUAGCCCAAGUUCUAGAGAAAAAAUAAUGAAUUGCUGUGUCAGCCCAUAUAGGAAUAGUAUCAUACUGUGAGGGUAUAGGCUAAAUUUUCGAUAUGUGCCAUUUUCACAGAUCUGCGACACAGCAGAAUCACAGAAAGGCUGUCUAGGUGCAGUCUGUAUGCUUCUGUGACAUCAGAAGCCAGUGUCAGUCCUUUAAAUAACCGUCAAAGCAGGAAGGCAUUUUCAUUUCUGGGAGAAAGUUGAACAGUUUUUGGGGGGAGUGGUGCCUUACUAAAAACAAUUUUCUCCUACUACUUCAAGCAGAGCAUAGCUGCUGUCAUUGGUUGUUUUGUGGGUCGCCGUGACGCUCCAAAAUGCCCUGACAGGAAUGACAUUCUGUUAUGAUCUUGUAGUGGUGUUUCAACUGUAGUAUUGGGGAAUAUGGCUUAUUUGGCUACUGAUUGUAGCAGCUGUACACCACAUGAAGCAGCUGCCCCCACCUAAACAAAUUGCCCUCCUUUGGCCUACCUCCCCCACCCCACAUUGGCCUCCAGAUCAGAAUCUAGCCCACCUUAAAAAGCCACUGUUAACCUCAUAGUUGGAUACUUAAUUGAUUUUCUAUCACAGCUACGCUCAUUUAGGAUUCAAUACCUAGAGGAGAGGGGACGCAGGUGGCGCUGUGGGUAAAACCUCAGUGCCUAGGACUUGCCGAUCGCAUGGUCGGCGGUUUGAAUCCCCACGGCGGGGUGAGCUCCCGUUGUUCGGUCCCAGCUCCUGCCCACCUAGCAGUUCGAAAGCACCCCCAAGUGCAAGUAGAUAAAUAGGUACCGCUUUAUAGCGGGAAGGUAACGGCGUUUCCGUGCGCUGCGCUGGUGCUGGCUCACCAGAGCAGCUUCGUCACGCUGGCCACGUGACCCGGAAGUGUCUUCGGACAGCGCUGGCUCCCGGCCUCUUAAGCGAGAUGAACACGCAACCCCAGAGUCGGACACGACUGGCCCGUACAGGCAGGGGUACCUUUACCUUUACCUAGAAGAGAGCUUUCCAAACUGUGUGCCGCGACAAAUUAAUGUGCUGGCUGCAGUGUGUAGGUGUGUUGCAGGGGAGCGGGUGGCGCAGUAGUCUAAACCACUGAGCCUCUUGGGCUUGCCGAUUGGAAGGGUGGUGGUUCAAAUCCGCAGUGGUUUGAAUCCGCGUGACGGGGUGCGGUCCCAUCGCUCUGUCCCAGCUUCUGCCAACCUAUCAGUUUGAAAGCACACCAGCGCAAGUAGAUAGUUAUUGGAAUUUUUCAACAUAAAUGUGCCAUUUUAACCCUCAGCCAUGCAUGCUGAUGUAACGUGUAACAGCUGAGAAUGGGGAUGCUAUGAAGGGCACUUUUUCUUCAUUUAAAAGCAUUUCUAAAUUGCUUAAUAUUCUAAAAACCUAAGUGGCAUGCAACACAAAAACAAUAUCUGUAUCAUCAACAUACUUUGGUGACCAAGAGCAACGGAAUUGCAGGGGCCGGAGAACCAGCAAAAUGAAAAGUACAUGUAGAUCAGAGCCCAUCAGUGGUGCACUUUGCAUGUCAACCAAAUAUAUGAAAAAGUCACACACACACCCCAACGAACUUUUUUUGGAUGUAUCAUCAGUAGGCUUUGCAGGAGAGCAGCCGUGUUAGCCUCUUGCAGGAGAAACAGUAAGCAUUGAGGCACCUUAAAGACUUCACAAGUGUUACUGGCAUAAGCUUUCAUUGACUCUGGCUCAUUUCUACAGAUAGUGGAGCUGGUGGCUGUGUGAUCUAAAUCACUGAGCCUCUUGGGCUUUCCGACUGGAAAGUUGGCGGUUCAAAUCCACGUGACAGGGUGAGCACCCAUUGCUCUGUCCUGCCUUCUGCCAACCUAGCAGUUCAAAAGCAUGCCAGUGCAAGUAGAUAAAUAGGUACCGCUGUGUAAAGGUAAAAAGUGUUUCUAUGCACUCUGGCACUCAUUAUGGUCCUCCAUGUGCCAGUAGCGGUUUAGUCAUGCUGGCCAAAUGACCCAGAAAGCAGUCUGGACAAAUGCUGGCUCUCUAGGCCUGAUGCAAGAUGAGCAUCACAACCCCGUAGUUGCCUUUGACUGGGCUUAAGUAGGGGCUGGAAAGGGUUAGCUUAACCUCCAGUGUGCUAGUAAAACUGAAUUACUGUGUCGUGAAAUGAUGCUUGUCCAAAAAGUGUGCCACCAACUUGAAAAGUUUGAAAAGCACUGAGCUAAAAGUUCCAGUAGGAUUUCUCAGCAAAAGGAUUUUCACCAUAGGUUCAGGUUUUAAAAGAGCCGCAUAUCAUGAAACUUGUACCAUUGUAGAGUACAAAUGACACUUAUCUUUUCUCUCUGUAUGGCUUCCAUGAUUCACUAUGGCAUGUCCAAGGGAUUGUUUACUUUGAGCAACAGGUGUAUAUACUGAUGCAUAAACUGCUUAUGCAGCUCUUCCCAUUCAAAAGUGCUCUGGUAUAGUUUCUACUCAAAAGUUCUAGUGUCAAAUGCAAAAUUAUCUGUGCAGUUCUUUGCAUCGAUGGACGAUCUUUCAAUUACCUCCUAUUUUUCUUGUCUUUUUUGCACUUUAUUUUUGAUUCUGAAUAGAAUUUCCGAAUAAAUUUCCAUAAAACUAAUAUACUAUUUAAAUGACAGAAAAAGCAAAACUCAUAGGCUAGCUUUUAUGAAGAGUGAGCCAUGACAAGAUUCCAAGUUCAUAGUUUGAGUAGAGUUCCUGAAGGGGAAUGAUUGCAUGUAUGUUGACCCGGUUUUGCUGUUGCUCUCAAAUUUUAAAGUCUGAAAUGGGAACUUCUGCACUAAUUAUUUACUCUAGAAGGGAUUUUAUUCUGUCCUAGGAGUCCAGAAUCUUGGAGGGCAGUGAUUGGCUUGCAUCAUCUGUAUAAACCCCACUCUCGUACUGUAAUACAGAAGGUCAGCACUAUCACAAUCCAUUCUGACUUUGAAUGGGGCACCUUUGAAAAUGAUGUUGCCUUGUUUCAACUUGCCAAGUCUGUCAAGUACAAUGACUAUAUUCAGCCCAUCUGCUUACCUGACACUCCUCCUCUCCUGUCUCAUGAGACCUCGUGUUACAUAAGUGGAUGGGGAAGCACAUAUGAACAUGGUAAAUCUUUUAUUUUUCCUUUAAACUUUUGUUACUAGUGAGAAUUAAGUUAUCUCCAGCUGCAUACUUAGCUGGAAAGUAAGUCCCAUUGAAGCAGUUCAACUUAUUUCAUACAUGGGGAGAACAUGGAUCUUCAGAUCAGUGGCACUGCCAUGAGCACAUACAUAGCUCCAUAGUAUGGCAACCUUUUCCUGGCUGACUUAGAACACUUUCGGAUUUCCCCAAAAGCUUUUCCUGUACCUACGGGUGCUUCUGGAUUGCUGUUAUUGCAGGAUCAGUGUUCUUCAUGUCUGCAAGUAUUUUGUAGGUUCCUCUGGAUGUCAUUAUCCCAAUGGCAGCUUGUAUUUUCCUCAUUUAAUCCAGAUUUCUAGUAUUUCUAAGUGGAAUCUGAGGAUAAAGGCACAAUACAUGACUCAAUAUAUAAUGAGUCAUUUUUGUGGCAAGGAGGAGUAGAUGCUGGUCUAUUCUACAAAAAAAUAUGCCAGUUAUUCAGAUACUCAAUUACUCUGGCUUUUGCUCUGACCAAACCUGUGCAAACAUCAUAAUUCUCAUAUUGUGCACCAAACUAACCUGGCUAAUUUGUAAACCUGGCUAAUUUGUAAACUGUUUGAACUACCAUGCAUAAUAUAGUGAUAGCCAUAAUAAAAUCUUUAUAAUAUGUAUAGCAGUUCAAACAGUUUACAACUGGCCAAAGCAAAUAAUGUGACACUGAAUCUACUGAAUUUACAUCUGUUUGCCAAGCCAUAAUGACAUCUUAUUGCACAGUAGACACUACUAGUAACACUCUCAGCGGUGGGAUCUAAAUUCAAUGUACUAUCUUUACACAUAGCCACACUCAUUAAACAAUUGCACUACUGGAAAAAUGAAAAGAAAAUUGAGUUCUGCAUUAGUUUCUUAAAAGUACACACCGUAACUCUUGAACCUUAGUUUAGCAACUAAUGUAGAUUAUGCAUGGAGAAUGGGGGUCUGGUGCAGUAGGCUUAAGAAAGAUGUACUGACCCAAGAGCUACUAAUAUCCCUGUUGUCCUGUACAUUCUAGAUUAUUAAACAACAAAUUAGCAUACUUCCACCUUUGUCUUGUGUUUUCAUUAUAGGCAAAGCUGUACGUAUAUUACAAGAAGCUCGAGUCAACAUUAUUCCACAGCAAAUCUGUAACAAAUUUGAUUGGUAUGCUGGGGCAGUAUCAUUGAAUAUGCUUUGUGCUGGUACUGAAAACGGGAGUGUCGAUAGCUGCCAGGUAAAAUUCCAUUUGAAAAACAUUGGCGAAACCUCCAGCCAUGUGGUUGCUAAGUCAAACUUUACUACCUGGUAGUAACACAAUUAUAUGUCAGUGUAACACCAUAGUCAGUUCCAGAAACAUACAAAUUUGUUCAUGUUCAUGUGCUAAAACAUUUAUUAUUUACAAUAGUGCAUAAGUAUCCCUUAUACACUGAACAAAAAUAAUAAAAAGUUCCCCCUUGCAAGUACACACUUGAAAAGACAAAAGGAGAAUUGGAGAAAAAGUGGAACUAGGGUUGCCAUAUUUCAAAAAGUAAAAGCCAGGACACCAUGAAAGUUGUUGAGGCUUUUUUAGGAAGACACCCCACCCCCCAAAUGAGCUUUUAAAAAGGAAAACCCAGAAAUUGUUGCACUUUUUAAAAGACAAGCCCCAAAGUUGUUUUGUUGAGCUUUUUGUGUGUGACAAAAACACCAAAAGAAUUGUGAUUUUUCAUAUGGCAGCCCUAGUGGAACUAGAUUUCUAAUACAGAUUUCAAGGAAUGUGCAAAUCUGGGCAUACUUCCAGCUGAAGUAAAAAAGCCUUCACCGUGAUUUUUAAUAACUUGUUUACCUCAGUAAAGACUGCUAAGGGGUGGGGUAGGGGAUAAAAGCGGAGGAACUUUAUAGAAUAGUCAGAGUGUGUUCAUUUUCUUCCAUUCAGAACACUUGGACCACAUUAUUUGCUUUCAAAAUAAGAGAGUGAGGAAUGUUCUUCUCAACACCUGUGUACAUAAUGCCUUGUUACGAGAGCAAAAACUGGAUGGAGCGCCAUGCGCACUUCAAUGCGUAGAGUAAAUUUCUCAUCAGGCUUACUGAGCUUGUAGCUGGAAUUCCCAGAAUAGGCAUUACCAAUUUUUUGUAAGUGACAUAGUUAUGGUUAGUGCUGUUCCACAAAGUCCAGCUUUCCCACAUCCAUCUUUCCUAGCAAUCUAUUUUUCUUUUGAUAACUUUUGUUUAUAGUUACUUAUUAGUAGCAUUUAGUCUGUCGCUCAACACUGCCAAAGCUCUCUGGGAGGCUUACAUGGAAGGCAUAGCUCAGACUUACUGAAUUCUAUCCAGUGCUGUGUGAGUAGAGUUCCACUCACAAACAGGACUUCCACUUCCUCUCCUCCCCUGCAAUGCCCAAAAUCGGUUUGGUUUUUCAACCCUCCAGAACUGUUUCUGAGGGUGCACAUGGAAGGGAGAGGAAGUUCCACUGUGUGCAUGGAAGCCUAUUGCACCCGUAAAGCUCCAGCAUUAGAUACAGCUCCUACUAUCAUAAUUUCUAUGCACGCUACAUCUCCAGAAUACCUUCAGCAGCACUCAAGUUGUCUUCUUUAUUUUUUAUCCUCCAGGGAGACAGUGGUGGUCCUCUGAUGUGUUCUUUCCUAGAUGACAAGUAUUAUCUGGUAGGAAUCACCAGCAGUGGUGUUGGUUGUGGCCGACCACAAUUACCGGGAAUCUAUAUCCGUGCAGCAAAUUACAGAAGUUGGAUUGAUUCACAUGUAUCUGACAACAAAACCACCACUGUGAGCAUUCAGUUUGUCCUGAUCUUUUCAACUGCUGGAUGGGUAACUUUCCACCUCAUUUUCUAA